ACUAAUGAAUUAAAAAUCUUGGACUCUGACAGUUCACUGCUUUAAUAAUGCUUCUGAUGGAAGGAGUUUUUGCCCCAUGAAGCAUGACAACAUUGUAAUACCUCAUUGUUGGAAAGGAAGGGACGGUGGAAUUGUGAAGGAAAACGGAAAAGGGUGGUCCUGAGGGACUGAAAAGCCUAUGGGAAGUGCAGGUAGCAGCAUGUUGCCCUGACAGCUGUUUCAACUUCUCAGACCUUGUCAGUUUGCUGCUAUGUAGCAGGUGCAGCCUUUUCUUUUAUUGAAUCUUUACUCCAUAAAGGCAGCAACAAGCCAAGGCAGUGGCUGGCCCUGGAUUAUACAAGUGCAGACACUACUAAGUGAGCUGGAACAUAUAAGUAAACGCAUAGGCUCAAGUGCCCACAUGAUCACCACCGCAAGGGUACCUGCUGAUAAACCAAUACGAAUUGCCUUCAGUCUAAAUGACACCCCAGAUGAUACACCCCCUGACAAUGCCUUUCCUUUGGCUUUUCCAGAUCUAGAACAGCAGCUCCAGCCUCUACCUCCUUGCCAUGACUCAAAGGAGUCUAUGCAGGUGUUCAAGCAGCACUGCCAAAUAGCAGAAGAAUAUUAUGAGGUCAAAAAGGAAAUUGCACUCCUUGAAGAAAGAAAAAAGGAGCUGAUCUCUAGGCUAGAUCAAGCUGAGAAAGAGAGCAUGGAUGCUGCCCGGCUAACUAAGGAGUAUGCAGACCUGACAGAAGAGAACCGAACGCUGAAGCUGGCCCAGACACAAUGUGUUGAACAGCUGGAGAAGCUUAGAAUACAGUAUCAAAAGAGGCAAGGAUCAUCAUAACUUUGAAUGAACCUGUCUGGGGCAAUAAAAAUCUAGGGUCUGUUGUGCUGGGCAAGUGUUUUUUUUUUUUUGUUUCCCUUCCAAAGGUUCUCUCUAACAUGUUGGCAUACUUCACUUGCAGAAUAUGCAAACGAUUUAACACUUGCCAGCUGCUAGCUUAAUACAGUAUGUAUAUUUUAUCUGUUAUAUAAAAUAAAUAUUUUAUUUCAAGUAACAUGAUUGGAUGCUUAUCUAUCUCUGUUAUAUGUUCAAAUGGAAAAGAUUUCUUUCCUAAAGAUAUUUCGUCCAAUUUUAAGAAAAUACAAGCACACCAGUAAUUGAUAUCAAUAGUUUCUAUGUUGGGAGGUGGACCAUACUAAGGCAUAUCAGUAGGAGCACUGUUAAUAUGGGGAACACUGGAGCACACUCCUGUUCUUUCAUAAAUCUGAACUGGUUGUGGGAGAAAAGCUAGUUCGCUUAUCUGGUAAUAUAUGCCAAAGGGUCAUCAUACGUUGAAUAACAUUUGAAUGCUUGUAACUUGGCACCUCAGUCACUUUCUUUUAAUAACUAUCGCUGUAAUCCUAUUCAAAUUUACCUGGGACUAAGUCCUGUUGUACUCAUUGGGACUAACUUCUGAGUAGACUUGCAUAGGAUCACACUGUAAAUUGGCAAUAAUGAUUUGUACGAUUUCAAUAUGGUAAGGAAAUGGAAAAGGGCACUUCUCUUUGUACCAUGCUAAUCUUCACUUUUUCCUUGAAAGUAAGCCCCAUUGAUUUUAAUUACGCUUAUUUUAAUGAGCUGGUUUAGUAGUAUAGCUUGCCAUAGUAAUCCUUCCAAGAGGAAGUCCUAUUAAUAUUUCCAUGAUAGCACUUGCUUCUCAGUAUGUGUGCUCAGAAUCAGAAUGUUGAUGUAAUCUAGAUAUUCUUGGAAGCAAACUGAAAUCAUAAUCCUUUCUGUGCAUGACACCUUAGAUUUUUAGUCAGACUUUUCAGCUGUGGUUUCAUGCAGUGAGACAGCUGUGCAAAUGCUGGUGCCACACACAUGCACAGCAGGGGUUUCACACAUGAUCUUGGCUGCCUGCUUCUUGAGUAUGAGUGGUUGUAACAGUGCGAAAAGCUAGUUUGGGUUGACUUUUUGAAGCUGACUUAGUGUAUGGUAGAAUGACACACUGUGGGCAGAAAGGCUUGUGAGAGUCAGCCUAUAUUUUCUGGUAGAUGCAUUUUCAGGCCAGAGUAGAUGAGUUUAGAUGAGAUCUGUGAUUGGAUGCCUUUUUUCUUAAAAGCAUCCCAAUGGCCCCCAAAUUUGAUCAGGAUCACGGUGUGGAGAGAGGAAGGGGCUUAACCAAAUUUAGAUUAUUUCCCUGAAGUUCUUUGUCUCAUUAGGGAAAACAUACAGGUACCUAGACUUACGUGGUAGUUUUCCUAGCAGGACAAAUACUAGUUUUAUGGGGUUGGGCAACUUAGAUAAGGAAGAGAGGAGUUAACCUUCCUGAAAUAGGUAGUCCCACUCCAGUUGCCAUCCUUCCUUCCGGCAGCUGCUUUUCAAGGGAGAAAAGAGUAUUCUGUGGCAGAUCCCCAUGUUUCUUCUAGUUUGGUGCUAAAACUACACUCUUAUGGUAAAGUUGCUGGGGUUUAUGCUAUUUUCAUUGGAGAUGAACAACAAGAUCUCUCUCUCUCUCUCUCACACACACACACAGAUACACUCUUGUUCACAUAUCAACAGAUAUAUUAAAGAUUAAAUUGCCCAAAAGCUAAAUAAAAGGAGCAUUUAUUUUGAAAAUGGGUUUUUAAUACCUCAUAAUCUGAAAUAUAGAGCCUGGGAAAGAAUUAUGUACAAUCUAAAGUGUGUGUGUGUGUGUGUGUGUGUGUGUGCGUGAGAGAGAGAGAGAGAGAGAGAGAGAGAGACUGGCUUUAUGUAAAUGAUAGUCCUGUGCUUUGUCGAACAAAAAAUAGUAUAGAAUUCUGGGCAAUUCUGAGCACACUUACUGUUAAAUAUAUUCCACUAAUAUCAGUGAGGCUUGCUUCUAAGUAUAUGUGGUUAGAAUCAGGAUGUUAAAAUUGUGUAUCAUCUUUUUGGCACGUAAGAAAUGGAAAAAUAAUGUGAAGAUAUUAGAGUGGUGAAUAAUUAAGAUUUAUUAUUGUCAGUUGGAACCUCAAUCCGAAAUGCAUCACUUGGAAGUUCAGUAAUGGGAUUUCCUUUUGGGUAAUGUGUUUAGGUUUGUGGUGUAAAAAAAGUAUAGUCCUGUAUCUGUAUCUUCAUCAGUUUUCUAGGAGAAAUAGCUAAGCAAAAAAUGUUUAAUAACGAAUAUCCUGGCAUUUCCCCCCUUCCUCUACUGGUAACUGUGUUUUCCUGAAACUAAAAGUUCUUUGUUAUACUUCCAUUUCUAUUCAUACAGUAUUUUUUUCAUUAAAAGACAAUAUAAAAAGUA